ACCCCGUGAUAUAAAUAUGUAUUUAGCCAAAAUUCAUUUUUUUGUUAAAGUUAUUGAAGGUUGAAAUUUAGAGCACGAGGAGCAACAGUGAAAACAAAAGCUAUGAUCCUUUUAUUAGUUGCUGGUGUCCGUAAGUGUGGUGUCUACGUGCGCGUUCGUCUCAGUUGUUGACAGUGAUUUUAUUCUCAGGUGUGGUGAGUUGGGCUAGGGUGCGCCAGUUUUUCUCAAAUAGAAUAUGGUGAGGGGGUGGUAAGGGGAGCUCAUUUAAACACAGUAAUAUAUGUUCAAUACAUGAGUAUUAAGUGUAAGCAAAGUCAGUGUUAUGGUUUGCACUUAUACAUUUUUUGUGUUCAUUUUAGAUAUUUUUUUCAUUUUGGUAGCCAACAAUACACUCUGCGAGUGGCUUUAUAUAGUGCAAAAAUUAGAUUCAUGUUAUCCUAAGGUAAAUAUUUUUCCUUGAGAGUUAACCACUUUUAUUUGAUUCUUGAAACAUGAAACAUUUUUAUAUAAGAAAACUUAUAUAAACUUGUUUUAGUGAAAAAUGUAAAUACACACAUAACAAACCAAAGAAUUAUGAACAAUUAUGUAAUUUUUAAACAAGUUAUUUACAAAUUUUAUGUUUUAUAUGACAUAACGUUUUUUGUAUAAAAAAAUUCUCAGUAUUUUGUAGAACACCCCCUCCCCCUAAUAACCUCGACUAUUCGUUUAGGUAUGGAUUCAAACAAGCGUUGAAGAUAAUCUUUAUUAAUUUCUUCAUUGCACACAGCUUCAAUAAUUUUCUCCAUUUCUUUUAGAAACAGACUCAAUUCCAUAAAAAUCUUUUUGUUUUGUAUCCUGGGAGUGCUUGUAAUGAAUUAUUGAAAAAUCUGUGUCAAUAUUUUUAUGCUUUAGAUACAGUUUGGCUCUAUGGCAAGGAGCUGAAACAUCCUGAAAAUAAACUUUUUGAGUGUAUUCGAACAGCUGUUCAAUAGUUGUCAAAACUCCUUUCAAAAUUCCCAUGGAUUUUUCGGCAUUCUCAGAUCCUUUGGAAUAAUAAGCUGCCAACACCAAACUUGGUUAUAGCCCCCCACACCGUUAAAUAGGGCGAAUGCUUUACGGUGGCCCAAACAAACGCUCCCCUUUCCUACGACGCGCUGUGGCAUUUCCCUCGGGUUCCAACAAAUUAAAUUUGGAUUCAUCGGAAAAAAUAACAUUUCCCCAAUCUGAUGUAGUCCAAUUUUUGUGUGAUUUUGCCCACCUAGUCUCUGUUUCUUCAAUCGGAUAAUGAGAAGUAGCUUUUUGGUUGGACGUCGCCCUCGUAAUCAUAGAUUAUGUAGGACAUUUUGCAUAGAACGUGUAGCUAUUUUUACACCAAUAGUUUCGUAAAAUAUUGCAUUGAAUGUUCCUCCAUGUUGAAAGCGAUCACUAACGCACAUCCGUUUAAUUUGUCGUUCGUGACGAGGUUUUACUUUUUUCGGAAUGCACUGCCCUUUUUUCGAGUUAAUGAAUUAAAAUUCGGUAUAAUUUUUAUAUAAAGCUACGAUUUCUGCUUUCAUUUUUGUUGACAACAAAAAAAAAAACAGCAAAUACUGAAAUAAACACGUGCGGAGAUUAACGGUUUUACAAAUAACGGUGAACUAAUGUAAUCACAUAACAAAAAAACCAAAUAAGACAAAUAGUGAAUUUUGAGCAAAUUCAGUGUAUAAACAGUCAUAUAAUCCUACUUAUUAUUUUCCUUCAACGAGCAGUUCUUGCGCUAACUUGCUACCGACAUCUUCAAAUAACUCCACUUUAAUCAGCAAUCCAUCUUAUACUGUCGGGAAAGAUACGAAAUUGCUAUCAACUAUUCGAACCAUUCCGAACGUAAGUUCAAAAUUCGUAGAGUGGCAGUUAAAGGAUUCAUAUGUAUUUUGUUCGUACUUAAAUUCAAUUUGAAUGUAAACGAUUUCUGUUUUAUUUAUCAGAAUUCAAAUUUCUUGUUCUACGCAGGUUAUUUCGAUAUGUCAAAAUUAAGUCUGAUAAUAGAAGUUUCGAAUUCGCAUGGAUUCAGUGAAAGCAAAUUAGGCGUAUUCGUAGCUGCGAGGUAUGACAAUUAAGUAAUGAGACUGAUUCCAUAAAACCAUAUAAUUAAAAAUUAUUCUACAACUCUGCCAUCCUCUUCAAAGUAGUCUCCUUGGGCAGCUAUACAGUGAUUCCAGCGCGUUUUCCAUGCUUCGUAACAUUUCUGGAACGCUUCGACUGGGAUGUCCGCGAGUACCCUCGUCACGGCCCUCUGGAUGUCCGUAAUCGACUCAAAAUGACAUGUCGGGCGAAUAAGGCGGCUGUUGCAACACGGCGAUCCUUUAGAGGCCAAAUACUGGGACACGCUGAGGGCGGUGUGGCACGGCGCGCUGUCGUGAUGAAGGAUCCAAUUACGAGCGAUAUCUGGACGCACCCUGUUGACUCGUUUUCACAAAAGAUUGUACUUGGCAAUAGUAGACUUGAUUCACAGUUUUUCCCGGUGGAACGAAUUCUUUGUGGACGAUUCCACGGCUAUCAAAAAAGGCAAUAAUCAUCGUUUUCACCUUCGACUUGCUCAUGCGAUCUUUUUUCGGGCGGGGGGCGCGCGGAGACAACCAUUGUGAGCUUGCGAAACACCUGGGCACGACUAAGAGCGCUAUCACCAUACACUCUUACAAUUUUAGCGUACGUUUCCGAAGCUGUUUCGCCCAAUCUGGCGCAAAAUUUUAUCGCGACGCGUUGCUCUUGAUUUCGUUUUUUUCAUUUUCGUGACGAGCACUACAAACACACGUCUACUCAACUUGGGACAUUUUUUGCAAAGGACAUUUUCUUAAAUAUGUACAAAGUUUUAAAUUAAGUAGUUUUCAAAUGACAGUGGACACGGAAUUUGAAAAAGUAGUUUUGAGAAAAAUGCGUGUAUGUACAAAAGGUCCGAAUAAAAUUAGUCAAACCAUAUUUAAGAAAUAAAUUCGCAAAAAAGUAAAAUUUUUUUACCAUGAAAAGCUUAGCCUUCCCUUAACGAAGCACAAACGCAAAAGAAACUAAGUUGCUAAAAAACGUGCACAGAGCACUUGUUUAUAGGUAUAUCUAUAUAUAUAAAAUUAAGUGGCAAAACUUCCUGUUCGCAUACUCCUCCUAGACGGCUUGCCCGAUUUCAAUGAAAUUUUCAGGGGUGAUUGGGGUCUGUUUGGAGGGUGCACAUAAGAAAUUUAAUGUGUGUAUCAUUGCGCGUUUAGCAAAAAAAAAAUAAAAUAAAAUGAUACAUCCCGCCUAUACAAAUUCUCAUGAAAUAAUGUUUUGCCGCAAGAUUGGUAGUCCUGUCAAAUGCCUUUUAAUUCCUUUCUAAUAAACAGAAACAACUGGCGGAUGUUUACAACUAAUAAAAAACAAUGACAUCGCAUGUUGAGCGUAUUUGCCUUUUUGUUCUUUCUUUUGACAUAUUCUAAAAUUAUGUGUAUUUUUCUCUGAUUUCAACGUGAUUAACAUUCUGCGUACAACACAAAGCAAGUGAGUAUUGUUGUUGUUUCGUAUGUGAACCAUGCGGUUCGAUUGUCGCUUGAAAAUGCGCGGUGUGUGUAAAAAAAAAAGUGUUUCAACAUUGUGUGUUUUUUCCAGAUUUAAUUCCAUCGAUUUGCUACAUUUAUUCGAACCGAUUUUGUGUGCAACACACACAAAGCAAGUGAGUAUUGUUAUUGUUUCGUUAGUGCUUCCAUGCGGUUUGCACACUGUUGGUGGGUCUUAUUGCAUAUGCGAGUGUAGUUUAAGAUGUAGUUUUAGGUUAAUUUUUACAUUUUUAUUUAUGUACUUCAAAUAUGCAUACUCUAGAAAAUGCCUCGACUGCGCCAACGUAAUACGGUUGGCAGGCAUACGAGUGAUUCACGUCGAAUGUCAAUAUUAAGAAGAAAUCACAGCGAAGAGCAACGCGCUCAAGUGAUUGCCCGAGGUAGAGCGGUGUACACAGAUUAGAGCUGAAUUCGCCGACAAUCAACGGCCAAAUUACCGUCAAGGCCGAGUUCCGGUCCGCCUUCGCGAUCAAAUGGAACAUGUUGGCUUUCACCACGAUCCUGACUGCGACUACAGCCUGCAUGGUGCCAUCGGAGCAUUGGAUAUUAUUUGUACGCAUUGCAAUGCAGCGAAAUUUCGAGGAGAAACAGCUGGCAUGUGCUGCUUCAGUGGCAAAGUGAAACUGCCUGCAUUGGAACCGCCACCAGAACCAUUACAUUCCUUGCUCACUGGAGAAUCGCCGACGUCUAAGCAUUUCUUGCAGAACAUACAAGCGUACAAUUCAUGCUUUCAAAUGACUUCUUUUGGUGCCACAAAGAUCAUUAGAGAUCCAUUUAUGCCGACGUUCAAGGUGAUUACUUUGCAUGGAAUUUCCAGUGAGACAUUUGACAUUUUUAUUCUGCAGAUUCAGGGACAAAUAUACCAUCGAGCAGGCUCGCUCAUACCAUUUGUCGAUGCCGACUAUCAAUUUUUGCAAAUAUAUUUCAUCGGUAAUGAAACUGACCAACUAAAUCAACAAUGUAAAAUUGCGACCGGCACAAGGCGAGAAAUCGUACUAAAUUUGCAAAGAUUUCUCAAUGAGCACAAUGAAUUGAUUCGAUUGUUCAAAAUCGCAUUGGACCGCAUGCCGUCUGAUAACCAUCGAAUCGUCUUCAGAGCAGACAAAAUGCCGAUGGGGCAGCAUGCCAGACGAUUCAACGCACCAACAAUCGAUGAGGUGGCAAUCGUCAUUGUUGGCGAACAGUUUGAAUCGCGAGAUAUUGUACUGCACCGUAGAAACGAACAACUUCAGCGUGUUUCCGAGCUACACCGUAGUUAUGAUGCAUUACAAUAUACGAUAUUAUUGUGGAGAGGUGAUGACGGCUAUCACAUCAAUAUGCGAUUGAUAAAUCCAACUACUGGCCAAGAAACACCGAACAAACUCAGUGCGAUGAACUUCUAUUCGUACAGAAUAAUGAUUCGUCCGCAAGAAGAUAACUACAUCCUGAAAUGUCGCAAGCUUUUCCAUCAGUAUUUGGUUGACAUGUAUGCGAAGAUCGAGACCGAACGUGUCAACUUUAUUCGAUUCAACCAAGCGAAAUUGCGUUCUGAAGAGUACAUCCAUUUGAGAGACGCCGUAAUGAAUGAUGCAAAUGUGAAUAGCAUUGGACGUCUGACAAUAUUGCCAGCCACAUACAUCGGCAGUCCGCGCCAUAUGCACGAGUAUGCGCAAGAUGCGAUGUCGUAUGUGCGCCAUUACGGCAGACCGGUUCUGUUCAUAACGUUCACGUGCAAUCCCAAGUGGAAUGACAUCAAAUGUCAUUUGUUCCCCGGUCAAUCAACAACUGAUCGUCACGACUUGACAGCACGUGUAUUCAGGGAAAAGCAAAAAGCAAUGAUGGAUUUAAUUGUGAAACUUUGUGUUUUUGGAGAAGUUCGAUGCUGGAUGUACUCGAUCGAAUGGCAGAAAAGAGGAUUACCGCAUGCACACAUCUUGAUUUGGUUAGUUCGCAAAAUACGACCAGAUCAAAUUGACAAAGCCAUCUCAGCGGAAAUUCCAGAUGAAGCAAUCGACCCACAAUUGUUCGACGUUGUAACAAAAAACAUGAUUCACGGCCCUUGAGGCGCUAUUAAUCCAACGUCACCAUGCAUGAUUGACAAUAAGUGUUCAAAGCGCUAUCCUAGAGCUUUAGUUGAUGAUACAAUCACUGGAAAUGACGGAUAUCCAUUAUAUCGGCGUCGAUCCGCUGAAGAUGGUGGUAAUUCAACGGUCAUAAAAGUUCGGGAUCAAGACGUUGAUGUUGAUAAUCGUUGGGUCGUGCCGUAUUCACCAUAGUUGUCAAAAAUUUUCGAAGCGCACAUCAAUGUAGAAUAUUGCAACUCUGUCAAAUCGAUUAAAUACAUCUGCAAAUACGUAAAUAAGGGCAGUGAUAUGGCAGUUUUCGGAGUGGCUGAUUAUCAGGCAAUCGAUGAAAUUCAGCAAUACCAAAUGGGCCGUUAUAUAAGCAGCAACGAAGCGGUAUGGCGCAUUUUAUCGUUUCCAAUACACGACUGGCAUCCCGUUGUUCUUCAUUUGACAGUUCAUCUCGAAAAUGGUCAACGCGUUUAUUUCACUGCAGACAAUAUACAACAGAGCGCAGCACGACCACCGCGGACAACACUUACUACCUUUUUCGAGUUGUGUGAAACCGAUGAAUUUGCAAGAAUAUUGCUAUAUUCCGAAAUACCACAAUAUUUCACUUGGAAUCCAUCAUCGAAAACAUUUCAACGACGAAAGCAAGGGGAGCGUGUUGACGGUUAUCCAAAUGUCCGUAAAACCGAUGCAUAGGACGCAUUUACACCAUCCAUCCGAACAACGCCGAAUGUUUCUAUUUGCGUCUGCUAUUAGUCAACGUGCGCGGACUAAGAUCAUUUGAUGAUUUAAAAACUGUUGACGGUUGACUAUUGGCACCAAAAAGUGUACACGUCAACGAAAUCAAUUUUGCCAUUCAAGAAAAACUGCCAGGAGAAGCUACAACAUAUAUAUCGAUUGAUAGCGUUUUGAAUCAAGAUGAAGUAGUCAAUUAUCCAACUGAGUUCUUGAAUUCUUUGGAUCCCCCCGGUCUGCCACCGCAUCGUUUGGUCCUGAAAGUCGGUUCACCCAUUAUACUUCUACGAAAUCUGAAUCCACCGACUUUGUGUAAUGCACAAGGCUUUCAGUCAAAAAAUUGUGGCCAAAUUUGAUUGAAGCAACAAUACUAAAUGGCAAGGCAGCAGGUGAUGUCGUACUCUUACCACGCAUUCCCAUGAUUCCAACGGAAAUGCCGUUUGAAUUUAAGCGCUUGCAGUUCCCAGUACGUCUUGCCUUUGCGAUGACCAUCAACAAAUCGCAAGGGCAAACGUUUCAAGUGUGCGGCGUCAAUUUGAAAGAACCGUGCUUCUCCAACGGCCAAUUGUUCGUCGCAUGCUCGAGAGUGGGAACACCAAGGUGCUUAUUCAUUUACGCGCCAGGUGGAAAAACCAAAAAUGUUGUAUACCAAUAUGUUUUAUAAAUAAGUAACAGUUUUACAACAAUAAAUAGAACACAGAGUAAAAACCCUUAAGAGUUUUAAUCGAUUUAGGUGUAGCGAGGCACACAGGGUAACAGCUAGUAUACCUAUAUAUAUAUUACAUAUACAUAGGUUACAAUCGCGCUUUAAAUUCAAACCGAACACUACCGCUACUGUAAUUCAAUAUUAACUAAUAAUGCAUUUUUAUAUUAUUAAAUCAUCAUAUUUGCAAUUACCAUAUAAACACUUUCUCUUUACUUAAGCGUCUUAUGUCACUUAGAAUGGCUUUAUGCAUUUGUUUAUAUGUUUUCUUCUUGAAAAUAUGAAAAAAUAACAAUAAUGUAAUGUGUUUACAUACACACGUCGGCAUAAGUAUUUUGAUAUGGCAAAGUGUUUCUUUGUUUAUUCAUUACUUUGGAAAAUAAAUUUAUAAUAGCAGUUUAUAUAAUACUUAUGUAAUAAGAUAAUAAUUUGGAAUUAUACAUAUUUAUUUAGUUUUGUUUUCAAUUAUAACCAAGUAUAUGACAAUUCAAUGAGCGGCACACGUUUUUUUUACAUAGCGUUUUUAACGUUUAAAUAAAAGUUAUCUUUAUUUAUAACUUUCUAAACUUUAAAUUAACAAAAACUAAAACCACUAUUUGCCUUUAUAAUCAUUUGGAGCCGAAUUUACCAAAUUUUGGAGGUAAUCAGUUGAAAUAUCCUUUCAGGCUUUUAUCACUUCAGUUAAGAUUUCAACUUUUAUUCUCGACAAAUCAGCGGUUUCUUUUACAUACGAGCAUUUAUUUUCUCUUAUACUUAAAUCUGGAAUUUGGGGUGGCCAAGUUGAAACGCUUAACUCCAACAUCUGACAAAAUCUUUUUAAAUAAUUUGCUCUUAUGACACGGAACGUGGGAGAAGGAAAGCUUUUUGCGAAAUGCCAACCUUUUAAUUUUAUUUCUAGGGAUAAUGAAAGGGAUUGUUCUUACUAUACAUAUACAUAUGUAUUAAAGAUAUUUUCUUUCAACCGCCUGCGAAUUGUUCUUUCACUAAUGGAAACAUUUUUAUUCUUAUUCCAAAGCAACCAUUUUUGGCGUUUUGAGGGGAUCCUUUUUGAUUUGUCGCAAAAUCAAACGAUCCUCAUUUUCUGUUGUCUUACGUUUCGUGUGAUAUGUUAUAUUCUUCAGCGAUAUUUAUAACGGAAUUACCCAAGUCGAUGUCAAUACUUAUGCCGCUGCAAAUUUCUCUGUCUCCUAACAUUCUCUUCAGCAGAAACUUAGCACAAAAAGGAAUAAUUAAAAAAAAAUGCACGUGUGUAACUGUAAAUGCGCCCAAACCCAAUCAAACGAUUUCUUUCUUUCAACUUUGUAUUAACCAAUGUGCCAAAGCAACCCAAAUUAUGCAAUUAUUUCAAAAAUUCAGAACACUCAAGUAUAUAAUGACUUAAUUUGAUUUAAUUAUAUAUAUUUUUAA